UCUGUCAAACUGUUUCGACAAGAAAAGGAGCUUCUGUAUAAAUGAUGGAUGAAUUUUCCAACAUUGCAAGCUAAAAUGAGCAUGAAAUUAUACCAAAAAAUUUUUCGAAGCCCUUCAUGAUUCGAGUGCUCCAAUGCUUUAAUGUAAAAUCCAGAAAUUUCAUGUAAACGGUGCUUUAUACCUUCCAGAAUCCUGGAUUUAAAUUUCAAGCUGAUAGGCAGAAACAUCAUGGGCCCUUUAAAUUGGUAUUUUCGAGGGGAAAGGCUUUUUAGCGAAUAUUUGUCUAUUUGCCAAAUAAUGACAAUUGGCAUUGAGUUGUGAAAAGGUAGGACCCCCACUGACUUUAUUAGUAAUCAAUACUUUCGAAACCAAGUAUUACGGUAAACAAUUUGUAAAAUGAGUCAUGACGAAGCUGAAAGGUAUCUUAAUACCAAGAAAUGUAAUGACAGUUGCUGCGGUUGUCCGCCAUGGUCAAUAGUCAAUGGAUCUUAAACACGUGAUUCUAAAUGAAAACAAACCACAAGUAGUACCAGCAGAAAUAAUAAGACGCACAUUAGUAUACCACUGUAUGAACUGGUGGCUGGUAUGUCAAAACUACGCUGUCAAGAUCAAAGUUGGAGGUGGUAACAACAUUGAUAACAGAAGACGCUGAUUCAUGAAAAGAUCUGAAUGAUAAGGCUUUCUGGGGGAGAGAAGGCUCAAGUCUGGUUAUGAAUACAUGUUUAGCUCAACAAGUCUGAGAAUCCAAAAAGUCAUUACAAGAGGGAAAAGGAGGAGAGAAAGACUCCAGUGAUUUGCAUAAAAAUAUCCCAUGUUUAAAGAAUGUACAUCCCAAUCGUUAAUCAUCUAUAUAGUUUCUCGGGUCACUGUCGAGCAGAAAGGACCUUGUUAAGAAAUCGUCAAUAUAAAAUCACUUGUUUUAGGCUAAAAGAAGCUCAACAUAAAAGCUAUGCUGUUUUUACUAAGCACCUUUAAUUGUAAGAAAAUUACGUUGGCUGCGGCCAAUUGGAUGCUACUGUUAAUUUUUGGGCAGAGUAGAGGCUCCGGGCGAGUGAAAUUGUUCUAGUGUAGAACUCAGAAGUAAUUUUUAUCAAGCAGCAAAAAUAGCUCAUGCUUUGAUGUUUAGCUGUCUGAAAACGGGUGAUUUGGUUUUAAAAGCUUGACUGGAAUUUGAACAAACUUCGAUUGAAAGAAGUGUCUGGUAUGAGAAUGACGUCAUGAAGUAAUUUAAUUUUGAAUAUAUGUUGGUAGCCAUAAGACCAUUUUUCGAACGCCUAGCUACCAUUUACUAUAAAAAUGAAAAUGAUUUUGAUUGCAUGACUCUGCACACUCUCCUUUGGUAUGGAGUUUUUCUUUUAAAAAACACUCCUUUCAUUGAGUUUGAAAUUUGAAGAAAUAAAGGCAUAAAAACUACACGAAAUUAUUUUGCUGAUUCUUGGCUAUCUUGCUGAUGUGUGCUUGUCGAAGUAAGCCGAUCUCCACAAAGAGAUGGUGAAUCAUCUCUAUGGUGAAUCAUACCAUUUUGGCAAAGCUAGACGAAAAGAUGCCCCCGUCUUAGUAAUAACAAAUAUGCAAUUCACAACUUCAGACUAUUUGAGUCACAGAAAUAGCAGCUUACAGCAAUGGGUGAUAACAUCUAGAUGAAUUAUUCAGAAAGCCAAGCGAGUAUUGAGUCAAUAAAACUGGGAAUAACAGAAACUGAUAUGCUAGAAAGUUAGCGAUUCUCGAGAAAAGCUAGUCGUCCUCUUUUUAUAAGCAGCAAGCCAGUGGUGGAAUUUGCUUUAACAGGUGUUUGUAAGCGUCUUGUGUUGUGCUUUUAACGACAAAAAAGUGAGAUGUAAUAUUUCUCAAAACACGUAGCUCUUUUAGCUGGCAUAUGUUGAAGAUUUUCGCAUCAUUUGCAUGGAGGCGAGAAAGAUAAACAGCUUGUUUUGCAAGGAGCAACAGAAGUUUGACUGACAAAACUGUGCAACUGAUGUGCUACCAUCGAAAAGACUUUGAAACUGAUUUGAAGAUGAGUAAAAGAAAUUACACAAAGUUUAUCAAGGCAUUGUAACAUGAAGAUUAGAAAGCUGCUGUUUGCAGCAGGCCUCUUCUGGUUUGCUGUCACGAAUGUUUGUCACCCAAUAUCUGAACGAAGGAUCCAUAAUAGCAAUGAAGAAGGGCUUAGCCCUGAUGCCUCUAGUUUAAAUGAUCACCAAAUCCUGAUUAAGCCAUCAAUGCUUCUGGUCAAUGCAUCAACCUCGAAGCAGCAUACCAAAACAUUGCCGAAUUACCCGGUGAGAUUUAAUGGCAUGGCUACAAAGAACCAGCCUUGGAGUAAUGAAAAAGUAGUUAUGAAGGAUGCUUUGCAGCCGUUAAACAAGCCAUUGGGGUAUGUGAUGUAUGAUCCCCUUCCUUCAUUUGAAAAGUCAAUGAAACCAAGCUACCAAAAAAGAAAAGAAUGGAACUACAAGAUUUUUAUUGAGUUGCAACACACAUCCAAGCAUAUCCGGAAGAAGUUAGACAUAUUAGAAACAGCUUUGCGGGACAUUGCAGAUUUCUUUGGAGACAGUGCAAUUACGCUAGUUUUUCCUAUUUGGCACAAGCUUGAAGGUGACACUUUGAAGUUAGUCUGGAGUAAUAUUACUAUGGGUUAUCCAUUAUGCUCCGAAAAACUAAUGCAUUACAUGUCCACCAAUAUAUUUGACAUCGAUGCCUCGCCGACAGCUGAUUUCAAGCGGGCUUUUGAGCCUGAACUUCGUCUCGUAAGUGCACACGAGGAACGGAGGGGAUUUUGUUCUGAUUACAGUUUGAACAAUACCUAUGCCAGGCUUAUAGAAAACAUUAUUCUACCACAGCAUUCAACUCCUACAAAAGCAAAUAGGCCUAGAUUUCGAAGAAAUGCUGCAGUGGGAAACCCGCCAAUAGUUAACCAGUCACUGCCGAGUUUCAAUGCAAGCUAUUGCUCCUUAUUUGUUUACGCAAUACCAGAAAAGGUCUUCCUAGACAAAGAAGAGGGUAACACACGUAAUCUGACAUUGACAAUUUUGCAUAUGAACGGCACGUCGGUCAGCCUCAACUCGUGGCUACAGCUGGAUGGUAGCUUGCAAACACUGUAUGGAUAUUUGAAAGUAAGUGACAGUGUCUUUGCGGAUUCUGAAAAGUUUUUUCAUUACAAAGUUCGCGCAACAGAUUCAACGGGUUUGUCGGCAGAUGCCCCUUUUAGCAUAAAAAUACCCCAUUCACCUCCGACCGUCUUCUUCAAAGUAGUGCUAACAGUGAACUCAUUCGAAGAACAAGGCAAGCCAUAUGUAAACGAAGUCAUUUUUCUUGCCUACAAAGUCAUUCGGUUUUUCAAUGAUAACUAUUUCACGACUGUAAAUGUACUAGACUUUAAUAGAAACCAUACAAGCAGUCAUGCAGAAGAGACAGUGACAUUUGGAUGGACAAACUGCACUAUAAGUGGGCCUGGUUGUCCAUCUGGCGUUAUUGAAUCGCUGACACGAAAGCUCAUUACUGAUGACGGGAAGCCAAACCCAAGCUUCACUGAAAAACUCAAGCCACAAUACAGUUUAUACGAUCUCAAAAUCGAGAAAGUUGGCGCUUGUCUAGCUCCCUUGUCCUCAGUUAUUUCACUUGCCACUCCAACACCUGUGCAUUCGUUGUCACCAAUAAUAAGCAACGCGAUUCCUGAAAUCGUUGUCUAUACAACACAACCUCUCAAUUAUCAAAUUCCAACUAACACUUUCUAUGACGUCCUAGAUGGGUCCACGAGAAAUCUGCGCCUGCAGCUACGAACGGCAGCAAACAUUUCUUUAUCCGCAAGUUCUUGGAUACAGUUUCAUGUUAAUACCCAGAUAAUUUUUGGCAUUCUGACAACUAAUGUGUUCACAAGUGCCAAUCCAAUGUCUUUUACCUACCUUCUCAUAGCCACUAAUUCACGAGGAUAUAGCACAUAUCUUACUAUAAGUUUGAAGGGAUAUAGAGAAACCAUCUCUUUUGGUGCACUUUUCUCCAUUAGUGGAAGAGACAACAGCCAAUCAACUGUAAAUGACAUAACUAUUUUGGAUACUACAUUGAACAAAUUACGUGGCUAUGUCAAAGACAAAAAGAACGAUACAAUCGAAGUUAAAAGCUUCACCAGACUUUCGACAGGGCAGCAGAAGAUUUUCUCGUUUGUUUACACAAACACGUCAAUAACCACAAGUAACUGUGUUGGCCUUCAACGUAUCAUUCCGUUGCUUCAAACUGAAGGUAGCUUGAUCAAUCAGGAUCUCACUGCUGCCCUUGUUCCAGAGAUCGUUGCUGAUAGAAUUGAUAUUGUCAGGUAUGGUAGCUGUUCCAACUUGCAAAGCCGGUCAAUAGGCCCUUCUCCGACACCAGGAGGCUUGUUUCCAGUCACUAUUAAUCAAGUACCACUCAUUAACAUCAAAACAGGACUGUAUUUCUCAUUCAGAAUUCCUGUACAGACGUUUUAUGAUGCGAGUGAUGGCGAUACAACAAAACUCAGACUGCAAGUUACUUUUUCUAACGGUAAUGCUUUGAUUCAUGGCUCAUGGGUACAGUUUGAUACGGUAUCGCAAACGUUAUACGGCCUUUUACCAGCAAAUCAGCAAUCAGUUCGUCCAUAUCAGAAUUUUACACUUAUCUUAAGGGCAACAAACUCAUUGGGAUACUCGACUGUGCAAAUUAUUACCAUCCAAAGCCAAUACCAGUCAAUUGGUAAUGGCAUUGUUGUAACAUUCAGCGGCAGAGAAUACAAUAUCAACCACUGGAACGACGUACAGCUGCAAAACUUCAUGUUACACCAGUUGCGAGGUUAUUUUAAGAUUACAUCGAACGAUACGAUAAAGAUUAUCUCUUUCCAACACCAUGCGAAUGGAGGCAGCCAGUUUAUUACUCUGUGGACAGAUACGAGACUCGUUGCGAAUGAUUGUGAUAUCUCACUUCUAAGAAAUCUUGAAUCAAAAAUGUUUUCAGCCAACAACACCGUCCAUCCAAAUCUUAUCACUAAACUGCUCCCAAAUAUCGUUCUGAUUGAUGCAAAGAUUUCAUAUUAUGGUCAAUGUAUCCGCAACAUAACUACGUCGGCCAUGAUUUUCCCAACACCGACUGACAGCAAUGCACCACAAUAUUCGAUUAGACUGCCCAUCGUAAACGUCACUACUGGCCUACCAUUUUCAUAUAAAAUCCCACGUGAUACGUUCAUAGAUAAAAUAGAUGGUGACACGCACGCCUUGCUUCUUUCAGUCUCAGAAAGUGAUGGCUCGCCAAUUACCUAUGCUUCACCUGCCCAAUUCAACACGAGCCACCAAAUAGUAGCAGGGAUAUUCUUUGAGAGCGUGCUGCAGGGAUCUUUUUUCAAGGAUUUUCACUAUACUUUGACAGCAACAAACUCGAGGAAUCUCAAAACAUCCAUUCCUUUAACAAUCAGAGCUGAAGCAAAUCAAAACAGACCAGGAACCAUUGUUACCACCUCUGCAAACACCUUCUACAACCAAAUGACACCACACCUUAAAAUUUCAUCCGAUUUCUUGCGUUUGAUUAGCAACUAUAUCAUUCCAUCAGAUACGACAGACUUCUCCAUUAUUUCUUUGCAACACACCACUAGCAACAUCGGGCAAACGACAAUUGCUUGGUCCUAUAAUAAGAUCAAUGGUACAGCAUGCAAUAGAACCAUGCUGAAGAGCUUUCUGUCCUUGCUCAACGUUCCUAAUAGUCAACCAAAUCCAAACUUUAUCGCUGCGAUGUCUCCAACUUUUAUCGUGUUUGCCUCUACGAGCGAAAAAGUAAACAGUUGUGACAACAGCACCUAUUUCAUUAGCAGCACAAUCACUCCAGUUUUUCAUAUAACGCCAAGCUCUUCGUUUCCUUUGCCAAUUUCCCUUUAUAUCAGCUCAAUUAUUAACACGAACACUCCUCCAAAAGUAACAAGUCAGAUACUGCCACUGUUUGCUUAUUUUUGUUCGCGAUUUUCUUACACAAUUCCAAAUGAUCUUUUUCGUGACGACGAAGAUGGUGACACACGAAGUUUGAAAAUUCGCCUCCAGACACAUGAAAGGAUAACUAUUGGUGCUUCAUCGUGGCUUCAGUACAGCGACACAUCCAAAGUUUUGUACGGAAUCCUUAAAAUAAGCGACUUCUUUAAAAAACCAUCUGGCGGAUACAGGUUUUACUUGGUUGCAACUGACAAGCAAGGCCUCGAAGUAAGCACGGACUUUACAAUAACCAUUCCUGAUAUUCCACUGAGAUAUAACCACGUGAUCACUAUGCGUGUAAACAGAAUAUUUGAUAAUUCUAUCCCAGACGUGAAUGAGCAGCUAUUGAUAAGCACAAAGAUAUUAGAGUUCUUCAAAGAUUCAAACACAAACAGUAUCAACAUCAUUUCCUACCAGAGAUCUCAGGCAGGCAACAGUGCUACCAUUGAAUGGAGCAACUGCAGCAUAGCCUACAGUCCAUGUCCCAUUGCAGGCCUAUCUGCCAUGUUGAGCAAAGUGAUUGACACCUCUGGUACGGUAACGGACAAUUUCAAAAGUGCAAUGUUGCCUCAUUAUACCAUACAGCAAUUCAAUGUUAGAAGACUUCCUCCAUGUAAUACAACAGAGCAAUCGAGUACAGUCUCGACUAUGACAAUUUCUCCAAGCCCUUCCCUGCCUCCCUUUCUGCCACCAUUGCUACAAGAGCCUUUAAACCAACUGAAUAUUAGUUGGUGUGCACCAUUACAGUUACAAAUUCCUGAGAAAAUGUUUUCUGAUGGUUAUGGUGGAACUUCAAAAAAUAUGUCUAUAGAUCUUCUUCAGAUUAAUGGAUCCUCACUACCCAGUCAGUAUUGGCUGAGAUUUGACACAAAAACACAGACAAUUAUUGCCUACCCAACACUAAAUGAUCUCUCUUCUUAUGAAACCACGUAUUUUCUCGUAACUGCGACAAAUCAAAGGAAACUAACAGCAAAGGCAAACAUAACUUUCGUGGUUACGAAACCAAAACCCAAUCCAAAUCAUCAAAUCAAAGUAACAGCUGCUGCUUACGUCAGUGAAACAGUUACAAAUGUUGACAUUAGGAUUUUGAUAUGGAACAAAAUGAAAAAGUAUUUCCAAUCAAAUAGCACUGAAAUUAUCUCAUUUACCAACUAUUCAAGAUCAAUUUCAAUGCCAUCUCGGGUUAUAUUCACGUUUAGCUUCUGCUUUGUAUCCGAAGAUCCUUGUCAGAAAUCUGAGCUGGAUGACCUGUUAUUAAAAUUACUCAUCGCUCCUGGUAUUAUCAACUCAGAGUUUGUUGUUGCCUUCAGCCCUGAAAUCGUGCUAACAGACGUUAGUGUGGAACACGUGGGAAUUUGUACCUCAUACACGUUGACUCCUUCUUUGACACAAGCAACAACCUAUAUUCCAGUGACAAGCAGCGUCCAUGUUGUUCCAAAAAACCAGCCACCACUUAUCUUACAAAACAUCGGCACUCUGAACAUUGAUGCUUGCAACGUAUUUGUUUACGUCGUGCCAGAAAGAGCUUUUUACGACGUGGAAGACGGUCUUACCCAACAUCUGCGCCUGUCUGUAACUCAUUUUAAUGGCACAAGACUUUCUAAUGAUUCAUGGGUCACGUUCGACCAAAGAACGAGAGUUUUGAAAGCUGUUUAUACGAAGGAUGGAGCCCAGGAUUUUCAGUUCAUUCUAAAAGCUACUGACAAAGGAGGGUUGACGGCAUCCCAAACUCUUCAUUUCAAAGUGCAACGGCUUGUAAAUCCGGUAAUGUUUUCAGUCGACACUCUAGGAACUGAUUAUUCUUCAAAAGGGACACCAAUUGUUGAAAUAUUAGAACAGUUCAGUAGGAAACUUGUUUCGUAUAUUGGUGUUCCAGUGCAGCUUCUUUCUCAAAGCAGAACAGGAAAUCAGUCUUUGAAGAUCUCUUGGACUAUCUGCGACCAAAGUGAUUGGUGCAAUGACACUGCUUUCACUUUAUUAAAAAACAAAUUGUUAAUCACCGAAACAGUCUUGAAUCCAGAUCUUGUGAUCGCCCUAGGGCCUGCCUUUAUAGUAAGACAGAUAAACAUUCAAAGCAUUGUGUCAUGCUCAUCUUUAGCAAAAGCAAUGUCAACAGCAGCGUCAAUCAUCCCUCCAUCACAGGCAUUUACAUCCCUUCUUUUCAGUUCAACGGUAUCCACACUGAACACUGCACCGAUGUUUGUAAAAAGACUUCCUACUUUGAUGAUUAGUUCCUGUAGGCCAUUCUCCAUGAAAUUACCUGAUGCCCUGUGCUUUGAUAGAGAGGAUGGCUUUAACAAUGUUAUCCUUUCAGUUGCCUACAAAAAUGGAACCCAGCUUUCAGAAUCUUCGCUUCUGAAUUUUAACAGAGCAAAUCGGACCAUUUACGGGGUACUUAAGUUGUCAGAUUUAACACCUAACGGACAACUGAAGGAAGAGUUUUCGAUCUACUGCCAAGACUCGAAAAACUUGGUCACCUCAAAAGAGCUUGCAUUUAACGCCACUGAAUCUUCGAAAAACCAGACUGGCUACUCCCUUACGUUCCACACCUAUAUCUACACUCUCUCAGCACAAAGAAAUGUUGAUAUCCAGAUGGUAUGGAUACAGAAGUUUCAGAAAUACAUGGCUCAUCCAGAUGCCAGUUUAGUGCAAUUUUUGAAAUUUGACAGAUUAUCCUCAAUUCAAGCCACGUUUACAAUAAGCCUUUGCAAUGUUGAUAUAUGUAACUCAUCGUUAAUGCUUUUCAUACGAGAUAAGAUCUUUUCAACUAUGCCUGACUUGAAACCACAGUUUGUGGCCGCAAUGAUACCGGAGUUUAGUCUCGUUUCAAGCACGUUGAUACCGCCCUCGUCAAUCGAUUGUCCUAUCCAAAGUACAAUUGUUCCAACUCAAACUUCAUUCUACAGUCAGUUAGCAAGCUCUGUUGUUUUCAAAAAUCCCAUUAAAGUUCUAAAAAGCAUUCUGGCUAUAAAUAUUUCACUUUGCAGUCAGUUUGUAUAUGAGAUUCCUGAAGAUGUUUUCUACGACCCUGUAGAAGGCUACACGCGUAAUCUAACAGUAUCGAUUCAUGAUGACAAUAGCAGUCUUGUAAAUCAAAAUGCCUGGCUGAGUUAUGACCAUACCAAACUUAUGAUAACUGGAUAUGCAGUGCAAGAUGAAGUAUUGCAAGAUUCAAGCAAACUACGAUUUAGACUCAUUGCAAGAAACAGCCGAGGUAGUAGUGCAGAAGCUCUUGUCCUUUUGAAUCUCUCCCCGCCGUAUAAUGCUGUUUAUAGUGGCUUCGUCACGGAAGCAGAUGUAUACGGUACAUACAAAGACAAUGUUCAAUUGAUGCUUGAAAUCUCCACUAAAAUCAAAGCUUAUAUAGGAAAGCCAUCUGAAUCUGGCCUAGUAUUUACUAAAUACACAAAGUACGGUACCAAUCGACCAAGAAUUGAAUUUACAUGGAGUACCUGUUCUCUAAUCGAUUCAUGUGACCAAUCUACUUUCAAAGCAAUCUCAAGCAAACUUCUUUUCUCGGGAACAAUUUUAAACUUUGAAUUUAUAACAGCACUGGCACCAAAUAUCCUUGUAACACAAGCAAGAAUUCUUAAUAACGGAGGCUGCACUGACAUCAGAACUCCCCAGACAACAUAUGGCACAACUUACACGCAAAUCCUUACCCAGUCAGAUUUGCCAACAACCUUGAUUAUAAGACCAACUGCAUUUGUUCAAGCUUCUUAUCUCACGAAUACAAUAAACACGGAACUGCUGAGACCUUCAGGUGCCUCUACGGCGAGUCUGGCAACUUCAAGUAUCCCUUCAGUUCUUAAAGUGCAGACUCCUUUGGCACCCUUAACCUUGAAUAUAUGCAGUCCAAUCAGCUUUCAAAUACCGGAAAACACUUUUUACGAUAGUUAUGAUGGCAGCACUAGAAAUUUGACGCUCACGGCCUUGCUUCAAGAUCAUUCAACGAUCCCUCUUAACUAUUGGGCAAAGUUUGUAUCAGAUUCGCAGACAUUAAUUGCUCACGCAACGCAGGCGCUUUUGAAAGAUCAACCAGUUAAUGGAUAUCAGUUCAUCAUAAGAGCUACAAACAGAAGAAAUCAAUAUGCAGAGACACCACUUGUAUUAAAGAUAUCUAGCGAGGCCCCUCCUGCGCUUCACAACAUCACUGUUUCCUUUGAAGAAACAUCUCCAAUGGCUGCCACUUUUGUUGAUGCUAUCACGUUCAUUAGAAGUCGAUUGAGUUUAUAUUUCGGAGAUGCAACAAACAAUAGCAUUGCGAUUUUGCAAAGCAGACAAAGCAAUACCUCACCAAAAGUAGUAAACGUGACUUGGUACAAUUGUACACUCGCAAGCUUAGGGUGUAACACAAAUAUAUUCGAUGCGUAUUUCUCAAGAAUCGUUACGGCAAAUGAUAUUGUUAAUCCAAGCUUUACAGUUGCAUUUAGGCCUUACUUCCAAGUACAGAGCGUGAGUAAGGCAAUGUCAGUGCUUUGCUUCACUUCGAUGUCACCACUUCUCUCGCUUCAGUCGCUGCCAAUACUUGAUUCAUCGACAUAUUCUGUUCCAGUCGUACAAACAACCGAUUUUGCAAAAUCAGCAACUUUUAUAUCCAUGGUAUCCUCGUCAGUUAUCUGGAGUCGAAACUCUCCCCCAACCCCCAUGAGAUCGCUGAACAUUUCGGUAAGCUACUGCGAUGGACUUCGCUAUAAAAUCCCAAAUGAUGUAUUUCAUGACAAAGAAGAUGGAGGCGCUGAUAAACUGACACUUGAACUUCUCUCCAUUGAGAGAAACCCUUUAAAUUGCAACGAUACGGUGCAGUUGAAUCAAACAAGCCAAGAAAUAUUUGGGACAAUAGUCGCAACACAUUGGAAUACUACGCAGAUACUGUUGCUAAGAGCAACGGACAAAAGUGGUUUGUCAGCAACAACUAAUGUCGUCUUUACAACAAGCAAAAGACCAAGGUUCACGACAUUUGCAGUAACAUUCCUUGUACGAAUGACAAACAGAACGUGUCUUUCAAGUGUUAUUGAAGACUUAAGAUAUAAACUGAGUAUUUUUUUGCGUCGUUCAAGCAUAAGCUUUUUAUCCUAUGAUUACAGUAGACAAGGUGAUCAUGUGAGCGUCAUGUGGACGGAUUGUUCUGCUUUUGAUAAAGUAUGUAACGACAGCCUUGCCCAAGACAUCAAACAAAAGAUUAUAACGAACAGUACAAUCAAACCAGAGUUGAAUAAUUUUUUGCUUCCAAAUAUCAGGCUAGAAUCUGUAACAAUUUCCGAAACCGAAAUAUGCAAAACACCAUCGUCAUCAGCCAUUGUACUCAAUAUUACCCUUUGCAAUAAACUGAACUAUACUUUGAAUGAGUCAUUGUACAGAUCUUCGGUGAUCAGCUUAGACCAGAAGCAGAAAAGACAGGAGCUUGCGUUUGAGCUCGUAUCAUCAGAUGGCAGGCAACUGAACUGGAUAAUGUUAGAGAAGGACAACAUUGUAGCCAUGCCAGUAUACAAUGAAUUGAAAAACAAACCUAAUACAGUUCUGCAGCUGAAUGCAAUAUUCGACAAGCAAGUUAUCAAAAGCCUGGACGUAGUGCUCCAACAUUCGAAUAUAAAAGCAGUUCAAAUUAAUUUUACGAUCAGUUUGACCAUGAUCAGUUAUAAAUCGAUUGAUAUGACUGACGUCAGACUGCUUGAGGCGAUCAAGAUACCCAUUGCAGAUUAUCUCAAUAGUUCCUCCAGUGAAUUUGUUGUUGUUAGCUACAAUAGGUCAAGAGUCUAUCCUGAGACAGUGAAAUUGAUAAUAACUCCUUGCUCUACUUUACGUAUCUGCAAUUCAACUCAUCAACAAUUCGUUACAAAUGCACUAGCUUUGGGGAAUGGAGUUCCGACGUACGGCUUAGUACGAGCCAUGUUACCAGAUCUUUUCCUCUUGGGGCUCGUUGUAAAUAACACCAGUCAAUGUAAGUAUAAAAAACCAGAGGAGAAUUCAACCAAUAUUGAAAUCGUUGUUCCGCUCUGCACCAGACUUUUCGCCAAGACAACAAGUGGAAUCAUCAAAAGUGCCAUGAAUUUCUCAGAAAAGGCACAAUACAAGCUGCUUGAUUCCAGUGGAAAUGCAUUGAGCUUGAAUUCCUGGGUUCAGUUGGAAGAAAAUGAAAAUCUGAUUUACGGUGUACCUACGCAAAUGCUGCUUAAGACCCAACCAGCUGAAGGAUACACGUUUAUACUUAGAGCAAAAGACGAUAAAGGAAGAAUCAAAGAUGCAAAAUUGAAUAUAACAAUCACUGGGAACAGGGCAAAGCCAAAUUAUACACAAACAAUAUUUUUCAAGAGCCAAUACCUAAAAAACACUUCCGACGCUAAAAUACUUCUCACUGUUCGUGACAAGCUUUCACUGUUGUUGCAAAACAUUUCUUUUUUUCAAAUAACGUUUAUUUCCUUCAGAAAGCAGUUUGAUGCAAGUCAAAUGAGCAUGUUGGAAUUUACGAAUUGCAGCUUUCUAAGUGAUCCUAGUGAAUGCUCCAAUCAAACAAUAGAUAUGAUGUCAAAAACGCUGAUAGGGAGGAACGGACAACCAACACAAGCGCUGGAAACUGCAAUGCAGCCGAAUAAUACAAUUUUCAAAAUUAUAGAAACGAGGUCCUAUCCUUGUAGAAAUAUUUCCAAUCACCCACCUACGUCUGACAAGCCAUUUCCGUUGCUGAAUGUGUCUGUUUGUGCAAGGCUUGAGCUUAGUAUACCUGACGCUACCUUUAUAGACCCUGAAGAUGGUAAUGCCUCAUCACUGGUGCUGUUCUUGAAAUCAUCAGAUGGCAAAUAUCUUCAGUUAGACAGCUGGAUACAGCUUGAUCUACUUAUGAAGACAAUCUACGGAAUACCAACUUAUGAUGUAAUAUCAAAGAGACCAUCGAAUGGGUACAUCUUUAGACUAGAGGCACAGGACAGUAAUGGGGCUGUAGCAUCACUGCCAAUUACAGUCAACAUGAGCGGCAAUACACCAAAUAGAAGCCUUGUCAAUUUGCUCGUUGAAACACCCCUUCUUGACAGUGCUACAUCUAUCGUGAUCCAAAGAGCGUUCCUGAUCAAUUCUGCAAAAUGUCUAAACAUAUCACAGCAAGACAUCGCCCUUGCAAACUAUAAGGUUAUAGAAAGGACUACAAAGCAAAUCAAUAUAUCGAUAUUUUAUAACUGUACCUAUUCUCAAGAUCAGUGUGACAAGGCACUCACCAUUGAAUUCUUGAAUCGAGUAUCGUCUAAUUCGACCUACAGACAAUGCGUUUAUCCAGAAUUCUCUGUCAUCAAAGUCGACAUGACUCUGACUGAGUCCUGUAAGAAUACCACCGCAAAUACGGCACCGUCAUCAAAAUUUUCUUCACUCCAGCUAAAUAUAACAAUAUGUGAAGCUUUGUACUACAAACUUCCAAACAAUACAUUCACAGAUGCGGAAGAUGGCGUAGAGAUAAUGAAGAGCAUAAAACUCGUAAAAGCCAAUGGCAGCCCAAUUCAGAAAUCCGAUUUUGUGCAGCUGAAUAAAGCAACUAAUACUAUUUAUGCUCUCUACCCAGGUAUUGACGAUAUGAAACAAAACAUCUUCUCAAAUUACUCAUUGGAAGCAGUAGAUUCAAGCGGUGAGAAAACAAGAUCGACUGUUGCCAUAAAUGUACCUGAAAGGACGCAAAAUUUUACAUAUCAUAUCUGUCUUGUUUUGAGACAAUAUUCUCAGGUACCUCAGAUGGAUAUCGAUGUUGUAAUUGAAAUUUUACAGAGAAUCGAAAGGUUUCUUACUAAUUCAUCUCAGAGCCAAUUCAUAGUAGCUAGAAAUUACAGUCUUACGGAAAUAUAUCCAAGAAGCAUCAAACUGUGCAUUACAAACUGUAGUUUUUCCGAUGGCGCGUGUCACGAAACGUCGGUUAAAGAAUUGAGAAAAGUCAUCUUUCUUCGUGAUAACAUCGCAACACAACAGUUCAGACAAGCAUUAGGCCCAGAUUUCAUGAUCACGGAAGUCUCCGACUACUACGCAAGUCACUGCCAAAUGGCCCCACUAACGUAUGCAAUUUACCCAACAGUGGUGUCUUCCUUGGUUUUGGCUACAAGUAGCAUUAUGCCUACACCAUAUCAUUUCUGCUUCUCUGGCAAAAAUUCAUCACCCAAGAUCAUCAACAGUGUAGGUUCAUUAACAGUCUACAUUGGACGCCCAUUGAUGUAUAACAUCCCAAAUGAUAUAGUCUACGAUAAAGAGGAUGGCUAUCUGAAGGUCAAGCUGACUAACAUGGAUAACACUGCCAUAGAACACAAAUGGCUUCAGUUCGAUGAGACCGAGCAAAGAAUUUAUGUAUCAGUUUUUGAAACUGAAAGAUCUAAUUUCAAAAGUGAGCAGUAUUUUAGAUUAGUGGCGACCGAUUCAUGCGGCAUCAAAGUAUACGACAUUUUAACUGUCACUGUUGUGGGGGCGGUUUCUUGUUGUUAUGUUAUACAGUUGGAGUCUACUCUCAACUAUUUGAAUUGGACAGGAAAUGUCACAACACAAUAUGUCUUCUUUAAAAGGCUUGUGAACGCUUUCAACGACACGCAAGACCAGCUACGACUUUAUGGGAUUGUAAACCAAACAUAUAAUAUCUCAAAGACUGCCGUGUUGUUUACAAACUCCUCAUAUAGUAAUGAAUCAUGUCUUCUUGAGCACACUGGUCAGUUGUCUGAUGUCGUGUUUCUCAAAAAUGGUACCUCGAGAAAAAGCUUCGUUUCUCAGUUUGCAGACUUUGGCAUCGUGGAUGCAGUCGCAGGAAAUAGCAGUAGCUGCAACAAGACUUUUGUACCGCUGAUUCCAAUAACGGUAAACACCCCAGGGGCUGCAAAAGCACGGACGUUUGAUGAUUGGUUAUGGUAUGUGCUUCCCUUUAUCAUCCUUGCAUUUCUUGUCAUCUGUUGCUGCUUUCUGUUCUACUGGUGCGGGGCCUGUCGCCAGACAUGCUGUGGAGGAGCAAAGAAGUCGGGUGAUUUAUUUUCUGCCGCAGCAGCAGCAAAACCAAUACAAGAAGAAAUAAUGAUGCCAGUAGCUGCUGACGUCGCGCAAGCAGAAGACCCAAGUACUGCAGCAGUUGCUGCUAAUGCUUUGUCUGAUAAUGGUUCUUCUAAAGAUCCAUUUGAAGAAAUGUAUGCAGACAUAGACGCAACUGCUAGAAAUUCAUCUGUGCCUUCACUUUACAAAACAAGAAGUAAGCCGCUGUGGAUGAAAGCAGCGAAAAGACCGCAAGCAGGAGAUCCGCCAUCCGAUUCAACUGGAACCAAGCCGAUAGAAGAACCGAUUCUUCAAAGUGCUGCUUCUUUACCGCAGGAAGCCCCGCCUGAUACAACUGACGGACUGGCAAUGCCUAUUGCAGCUUCUUUGCCUAGACCUUCAUCGCCAGAACAACCAAUGACAGCGACAUACUCUCCAAACACCCGUCAUCGACCAAGCUAUCUAAUUUCGCCUUCUUCAUCUGUGACAUCAGUUGAAGAGGAUCCUCAGACUGCUGCUGCAAUUGCACCAAUGGCACAAGGUCCAUCUUAUUCUGAAAGGCCUUUAAUCCAUGAAGAUGGGUUGCAGGCAAUUAGCAAUACAGGUUUUGAAGCAGCUCCUGCCCCAGUACCUAACGAGCCGUCGAUAAACCCAGUUAAUGAGAAUCCAAUAGAAUCAGGCAUCCUUCCUCAAUUCCAGCAACCUCUAUCAGCACCAUUGUUAAGAUUACCUUCUACACCGAUAAUCUCUCCCAGUGAAGCACCACCACCAUAUUCACCUCCAGCUAUGAUUAAAGAACGGGGGCCUAGGUGGUUCAGAACCAGACCAGCAACUCGGGUCAUAGAAAAAAGGCCAACAAAGACAAUUAUACAUAUACCAAAACGUUUAUCACGACUUCCUAAAAUCAGGCACACGAAAGAUCAUUUUGAAGAAAGACCUUAUCCUCGAAAAAGCACCCAGUCUGUAACAAGCCCAUUGAAAUAUUCAGUUUCCCUGGAGUCCAGAAAUGGCCUAAAACGCAGAUCGAUAAGUGGUUCGAGAAAACGGCAAGUUAUUCCGAUCCGUACACUACGUAGGGAGUCGAAACGUGUUGAACCUGAUCAAAGUUAUGAACGAAUAAAAAGCUUUGAAAGUCUUAUACCAAAAUCUAAUUUAAGGCCAAGCUUCGAUUACUUAAGUGACUACUAUACAGACGUCACUUCGGUCGGAGAGCAUCCUCCAAGAAUGCCAAGAUACGGCAGCAAAGACUUUUUACACAAGGAUGACUCUUAUAAUGCUUUAUCGGAGGAUCAAGUUCCAGUGAAAAUCAACGGAGUCGUUAAAGCCCCCGAGAAGCUAUUAAUGAAGUGGUUAAAAGAUGGGUCGUUACAAACCACUAUAACAAACGCAGAUCCCAAUUUUGAUGAUUCAUUUGUACUAAAGAAUAGGCCAAAGAAAAGAACUAAAUCACCUUUGCGUGGGGUUCACCAGAUAACAAGUAGGCAUGAACAGAGGCCGUCCCUUUUUGAACAACGGGGAGGUGAUUUGGAUGAGGUACACUCUUUCACAGAUCUUCUUCCCAGGAGACAAAGCAGACGGAAAGGAAGGCAAAUUUCAAGAAGCCAAACAGGGCGGCAUAAACACAACGCAGCUUUGAGUGACAUUGCGGAAUCUACUGGAAAUGUCUCCGAACGACCAUUAAGUAUAGGAUACCCUUACUCGAAAGACUUAUACGAAUAUGUCCAGACUGUUGUGAGACCAAGAGAAGUGGAUAAAAUAAGAAAGGACAGGCCAUUAACAGAUUCUGUUGAUAUUUCUUUCGAAGAUAGCAGAAGUGCAAACCAAAUACAAAAGAAGGUUGUUGCAGGGUCUCAAAAUGGCUUGACUCGACAAAAGUCAAGAAGAAGUAUCAACGAAAUACUGUCAAGAAUGACCAGAAGACGUCAGCUGAAGAAACACAGACGGGCGUUCCAAGACAAUGAAUUUCACGAACUGUGAAUUUUCUUUGCAGCAACAAAACAGUAAUUCCCUGUUGCUGGAAAACAGAUUUUAUUUCAAGCUACCAUCUUAUCGAUGAUUUAGGCGAUUUUUUCUAAUUGUUAUUAUUAGAAUUAUGGUGAUAAGAUUUUAAUCAAAGCACGAAUUUUGACACAGUGAAAAUUUUUAUAGCUUGUAAGCAUCAAUCUUUACGUGUUCAUAGUAUAAAAAAAAGAGAUGUUGAAGUAAAAAAUUAAAUUUUAGAUUUUUUAGACAAAAUAUUGACAGAAGUUUCAUGUAGAUACGUUUGAAAUAAAAAAAGGCAGGAAUUUUGCUGGCCUAGUAAUGACUUGGUAAAUUUGUAAGAGGAAAAAGUAGUUUCUAUGCUGACAAUCCCCUCGAAUCUAUCUCAAUAAGCUACAUGAAAUAACAUGACUGUUAAAACUGCCAUUUACUUCAUAUUUCUUAACAGUAUAAACAAGUCGCCCGAUGAAAUGAUUUUCUGGUAGUUAAACUUCUUAGAGCCUGAGUUGCGAUUUUUUUGCUGUAUAUGUAAAAAAUUUUGUCAUCGCCGUUAGCAAUUUGUCAUCGCCGUUAGUUUUUAAUAUUUCACUAAGUUUUUUAAAGUAUGAGCCUAGAGUUUCUUAUGGAUGGUUUCUUAUGUAGAAAAAACAAUAUUAUUCGCUUAUUGUGUUCUGAAUUCUUUAA